AUGGCAUCUGAUCCGUCAAACGCCGCUCAAAUGGCCGGCGACGUCGCUGAGACUGUCGCCCAUGCCCUCAGCUUCAGCAGCUCCCCUCCCUCCGCGAUGAGCACAAUGCCUGCCGUCAUCGUCCAUGAGCCUUACACAUGGUUUGGCCUCUUUGGGUGGCUGAUUCUAUCUAUAUUGCACAUUACAUCGACUAUCCUUUAUUGGGUGAUCCGGAUUGCGACUAUCAAUGUCCCUUCCUUCUUAUUCCACUUGUUCUCCACAAGUUGGACCGUUACCAUGAAUGCCACCACGCUCAUGUUCAUCAUGGCAGCUGUCGUGUCGGCCGUCAGUUGGGUUGUGAGAUAUCGCAUCCUCAACAUGUACUCUCGUCUGCCUCCAGAGCCCCAACGCAAAGAGCCGGAGAUCGACCUUUUCCCGGAUACUCACGAGGGUGGUUCCAAGUCGGGAUUGGCAAACUAUUUGGACGAGUUCUUGAGUGCCAUCAAAAUCUUUGGCUACCUGGAGCGACCUGUCUUUCACGAGUUGACUCGAAGCAUGCAAACGCGAAAGCUCAUUGCAGGGGAGACCAUCAACCUCGAAGAAGAAAAGGGCUUCUGUAUUGUCGUCGAUGGAUUGGUUGAGAUUUUUGUCAAAUCAAACCGAAGCCCACGCGCUGCCGCCGCCUCUCGAGGGCACCUUGAUCUGGACUCGUCCGACGAGGAUGAUGACGCUCCUGGUCAACAGACAUAUCAACUCUUGACAGAAGUUCGCAACGGAGCCCCCAUGUCGUCACUGUUUUCCAUCAUGUCUCUUUUUACAGAGGAUGUUAGGCUACAGCCAAACGAAGAGAACGAGGAUCCUUCUUUGCAUCCCGCCAAGAGCAGUGGUCUUCGCCAUCCAACUUUUGAGAAACCGAACCUGUCUAUGCCUGGCACGCCUCACAAUCAUCAUGAAUUUGAGGCAGAUGAGAAGGAGCCGGAAGGUCUGGGUGUUUCUGGUAUAGAAACUGAACACACUGCCAUUCCACCUAUCUCACUGGAUGGCUCCACUCCCCCUCCUCGGCCCACUAGGCCGCCUAUGCCAUCAAGAGCAACAUCCGGCUCGGCGCAUCCAGACAUUAUUGCUCGCGCCACGGUUGAUACCACGAUUGCCAUUAUUCCUGCGAGUGCUUUCAGGAGGCUUAUCAAGAUCUAUCCAAAGGCUACCGCACACAUCGUCCACGUCAUUCUCUCCAGAUUCCAGAGAGUCACUCUCGCACAGGCCUUCAACUAUCUGGGCUUGACCAGUGAGGUACUGCAGACGGAGAAGAGCAUGAUUAAGUACACCAUGUGUCAGCUCCCCAACAUCUUACGAGGUGAUGCACUGGAGCGUCUCAAGGAGAAGUUCAAGCGGGAACGUGAACGCAGUGAGGAGGAAGAUGACACCAAGGGCAUUGCACUACACAACUCGGCAUCUACUCACCGGCGACGGUCUAGCACCGGACUGCGGAAGGAGGCCAUGUUACAGUCAAUGACAAAACUGAGAGGGACUUCAGUUGUUACAAGCACCAUCGCGCCACCUCGUGAGCGAGCUUCGCCUCAUACCCCGAGUCCUGGAGACUUACUGUCUAAUACACAGUUGGCUGGUCGUGGGAGUUCGCGUGUUUCUCCAGCAGAUCAACGAGCUGUCUCGGGAGCUUCGAUGAGACGGCAGGGUGCCAAUCCAAAGGAUGAUCGGUUCUUUAACGAUCCCUUUGACUCGAGGAGACUAGGUCGCAUGACUUUGGAUCCACGAGAAACUGUCGACGAAGAUAAUCUCUUCCGUGCUUCUAUCCUAGAGUGCAUGUUCAAGUCACUUGGACUAGAUACCAAUGGAAGCGUGUCCCGCGAGCCAGAAUCCAUGGAGGGCUCCCCUAAGUUGGUUUCAGUCGAUCAUCGGCGGUCAAGGUUUGGAAACCAGAGCAAUGCUUUUGGUUUCAUGCCUCCCUACGAUGGCUCUGUUGAUGGCGACACGGAAUCUGUGACAUCAAACGGGACUGCCCUGCACGCCCCUGUUAGUGCCCAUAACCUUGCCAACGACAUGAAAGACGAGGUUGAGAUUGUGUUUUUUCCCAAGGGCUCGGUCCUUGUAGAACAGGGAGAGCGAAACCCCGGUCUAUACUAUGUCGUUGAUGGGUUCCUGGACAUUGGCACGAGUAGCGAGGGUGAUGCUCACAACAUUCUCAAGUCCAGCGGGUUUGGCAAAUCGCAGCAAGACCCAUCAUCGCCCGACCCGUCUGACAUGGGAUCAUUUCCCACUUUGGCAAAGACUGAAGCUGCACGAGAUCAAGCCGAGGUCGAGACACAACAGUCAACAUCCAAGAAGCCCCGCCGCAGCAUAGCUUUGGUCAAACCCGGCGGACUUGCUGGCUACAUUGGCAGCGUCUCUUCAUACCGAUCCUUUAUCGACGUUGUGGCCAAGACCGAUGUGUAUGUGGGCUUUUUGCCCCGAGCUUCACUUGAGCGCAUCGUGGAUCGUUAUCCAAUUGUUCUUCUCACGAUGGCCAAGCGAUUGACCAAUAUCCUGCCACGCCUGAUCCUGCACAUUGACUUUGCUCUGGAAUGGGUCCAAGUCAAUGCUGGACAGGUCCUCUUCCAUGAAGCCGAUGAAAGCGAAGCCAUCUACAUCGUUCUCAAUGGGCGCUUGCGUAUGGUCCAAGAACGCAAGGGCGGCAGUGGUGGUGUCACUGCUCUGGCUGAAUAUGGUCAAGGUGACAGUGUCGGUGAACUUGAGGUGCUCACGGAGACCGUCCGCCCAGGCACUCUACACGCUAUUCGAGACACUGAGCUGGUGAAAUUCCCUCGCACACUGUUCAACAGCUUGGCACAGGAACAUCCCAACAUCACGAUCAAGAUCUCAAAGAUCAUCGCAUCCAGAAUGAGGGCAAUUGUUGAUGAUACAUCCAAAUUCUCCUCCAAGGACGCCAGUACCAGCCCCAAGACAUUGAUGCGAAAGUCGAACAUGAAUCUUCGAACAGUGGCAAUCCUUCCUGUCACGGCUGGCGUGCCUGUUAUUGAGUUUGGAAACCGUCUGAUGAACGCCCUCGCUCAAGUUGGCCCAGCCAAUGGUGCCACUUCCCUCAACCAGGCUGCUAUUCUCAACCAUCUCGGCAAGCAUGCCUUUAACAAGAUGGGAAAGCUGAGGCUUUCUCAAUAUCUUGCUGACUUGGAAGAAAAAUACGGCCUGGUUGUUUAUGUUGCAGAUACCAACGUCAACUCCCCAUGGACGCAGACUUGUAUCACGCAAGCAGAUAGCAUUCUCUUGGUGGGCCUUGCCGAAGGAUCACCGGCAAUUGGUGAGUACGAGCGCUUCAUGCUUGGCAUGAAGUCUACAGCUAGAAAGGUGCUGGUCCUGUUGCAUGCCGAACGUUACUCUCGGCCUGGCCUCACACGUGCUUGGCUCCAGAAUCGCAUGUGGAUCAAUGGAGGUCAUUGUCACAUCCAAAUGGCCUUUAGGACAAACCAGAUACCAGUACAUGCCCCAAAGAAACUCGGUCAAGCACUCAAGGAGCGUGUGCAGGUGUUGCAGGCCGAGAUACAGAAAUACACCUCACGCAAGGUGCAUCAUACUCCGUACUAUUCGCCCGAUUCGCCUUUCAAGGGAGAUUUCCACCGCCUGGCACGACGGCUGUGUGGCAAAUCAAUUGGACUUGUACUUGGCGGAGGUGGUGCACGAGGUAUCACCCAAAUCGGUAUCAUCCGGGCCAUGGAAGAGGCCGGAAUCCCUAUUGAUCUGGUUGGGGGAACCUCAAUUGGUGCCUUUGUGGGAGCCCUUUAUGCUCGUCAUGCGGAUGUCGUGCCCAUGUUCGGAUUCGCCAAAAAGUUUGCUGGACGAAUGGCCAGUCUUUGGCGUUUUGCUCUGGAUUUGACUUAUCCUUCCGCCUCGUACACUACAGGACACGAGUUCAACCGUGGCAUUUUCAAAGCUCUUGGUGACACGCAAAUGGAAGACUUCUGGCUUGAGUACUACUGCAACACAACUAACAUCAGUAAGAGUCGGGCGGAGUUUCACACCAGUGGUUAUGCCUGGAGGUAUAUCCGAGCCUCCAUGUCCCUUGCCGGUUUGCUUCCACCUCUGUGCGACGAGGGCAGUAUGCUACUUGAUGGUGGCUACAUUGACAAUUUGACCGUGUCGCACAUGAAGGGUCUUGGAGUUGACAUAAUCUUUGCUAUCGACGUAGGUGCCUUGGAUGAUGAUACACCGCAAACAUAUGGUGACUCGCUGUCUGGAGCGUGGGCGUUUGUCAAUCGAUGGAAUCCGUUCUCGUCUCACCCGAACCCUCCAACCCUUGCGGAGAUUCAGGGACGACUAGCAUAUGUGUCGAGCGUUGAUGCUCUGGAACGUGCCAAGACUAUGGCGGGAUGCAUUUAUAUGCGACCGCCGAUUGAUGACUAUGGAACGCUCGACUUCCACAAGUUUGAUGAACUGUACCAGCUGGGAUACAAGUAUGGACAAGAGUUUUUCAACAAGAUGAAAGAGCAAGGAGUCUUGCCCUUGGUAGAAGAGACGGAGGCCAAGAAGGCGCUGAGACGCACGAUGGCACCGCGACGAGCGAGUAUCUGA